AUAUAUAUAUAUAUAUAUCAUCAUCUUCUCCAUCAUCUUGAUUUCAAAUAUUACUAGUCUUUUUACUUUGAAAAUAAAAAAUAAAACAACGAAAAUGUGUGAUUUGAAUUGGUGUCCUAUAUGUGAAAAAGCCAUUGAUAUUCAUUCUGAAUCUUUAUAUUGCUCGGAAGCUUGUUGCAACCAUGAUGCUUUAAAAAAGGAUGAUACUUUCCUAAUGUAUGCUGGUCGACAUCAUCACCAUUGUGAGAUAGAUCAGCCAAAUAAGACACUAUCAUUUCGGAGAUCUUCUUCUGUGUACUUAAUAAAUCAUCAUCAUCAUCAUCAUUUCCAUCAACAUCAACAUCAUCAUCAUCAUCAUCAUCAACAUCAAUAUCAACAUCAACAUCAACGUCAUCAAUAUCAAUGUCAAUAUCAGUAUCAAAGUGAUCAUCUUCCAUCUUCUCUCAAAACAAUAAAAUCAUAAAAUUUAAUAUCAUGUUAGUCGCACCGACAGUGUUUGUUGUUUUCAUUACAUAAGUUCCAGGGGCAUGCACAAACAUUCAUAGAGAUCUUUGUGACGCCGCUCAGA